AUGAAGCUCCGCAGCAAGGCGGCCGCGUUGCUCCUGCUCGCCCUGGCCGCGCUGCUGCUCACGCUGCUGUCCCUGCGCGCCAGCCGCGGCCAGUCCCCCGCGCCCGCCCUGCGCCCCGCGCGCCCUGUGCGCCCCGCGCCCGGCCCGCACCGCCGGCCCGCGCAGCCCCCCGAGCGCCCACCCGGCCCGAUCGCCCACCCCGGGGCCGGUCCCGGAACUCGCAAGCGCGGGAGACCUCGUCCGCGCCCCCGAGCUGGUCGCGGGGGUGCCCCGGCUCUGGACAAGUUGGCUAGGAGGCCUGGAGAACCCAGGCAUUUUCCAGCUGUGCUGCCGCCCAAGUUCUGGAUCCACCUGGCAGUGGUGGCCUGUGGGGAUCGGCUGGAGGAGACGCUGGUCAUGCUCAAAUCAGCCGUGCUCUUUAGUUAUAGGAAGAUCCAAUUCCACAUCUUCACAGAAGAAUCUCUGAAGCCAGAAUUUGAUAAGCAGUUGCGACAGUGGCCUGGCUCAUAUACAAAGAAAUUUGAACACAAGAUCUACCCCAUCACAUUUUCAGUUGGAAAUCCUCAGGAAUGGAAGAAAUUGUUCAAGCCUUGUGCUGCGCAAAGACUCUUUCUACCGGUGAUUUUAAAAGACGUGGACUCCCUUCUUUAUGUGGACACUGAUGUUCUCUUUCUGAGUCCUGUUGAUGACAUCUGGAAGCUUCUGAGACAGUUUAAUUCAACCCAGCUUGCGGCUAUGGCCCCUGAGCAUGAAAUCUCCCAAAUUGGCUGGUAUAGCCGCUUUGCGCGCCAUCCUUUCUACGGCUCUGCAGGAAUUAACUCAGGAGUCAUGCUUAUGAAUCUAACACGGAUAAGAAGUGCUCAAUUCAAGAACAGUCUGAUUCCAGAAGGCUUGGCUUGGGGGGACAUGUUGUACCCUCUGUACCAGAAAUACAAGAAUGCCAUCACGUGGGGAGACCAGGACUUAUUAAACAUCAUAUUUCAUUUCAAUCCAGAGUGUCUCUAUGUGUUCCCCUGCCAGUGGAACUACCGUCCUGAUCAUUGCAUGUAUGGAAGUAACUGCAAAGAGGCCGAGCGUGAGGGCGUGUCUGUCCUGCAUGGGAACCGAGGCGUCUACCAUGACGAUAAGCAGCCAACUUUCAAAGCACUCUAUGAAGCAAUACGGGAUUUUCCCUUCCACGACAAUCUCUUUCAAUCUAUGUACUACCCUCUUCAGCUCAAGUUUUUGGAGACUGUGCAUACCCUUUGUGGACGAAUCCCUCAAGUUUUUCUGAAGCAAAUUGAGAAAACAAUGAAAAGAGCUUAUGAGAAACACGUGAUCUUCCACUUUGGCCCCAAGAAGAUGCACUAAAUCAUUUGUGUUAGUGCGCGUCAGUUAGGCAUCUCAUGAACCAUGUUUCUCUUUAAGCUGUCUGGAUCAUUUUUGUAUAACUAUUUAAUGGUGCUCUCUGACCAUUGAUUUUUAAAGGCCUUAUUAAAUGUUGCUCAAUUAUUUGCCCCUAA